UCUAGGUACAGUAGGUAGCUUUCCCAGCAGCUAGGCUGAACUUCGAACUUUGAAGUCUGCCAACCAUGCACAAUCCAGCCUCCAGGACUCAGGAGAGGGGAGCUGAACAGUGAACGCGAAGUAGCUAGCUGAUCAAGCCUGAAAGGUCGAACUUUGCUCAGAUUGAACCUUCCUGAAUCCUGAACAAGGUCUGAUCAAUCUCACCCGUUCUCCUUCCCCUCACAUUCGCUACUAGGUACUCUCAAAGACCACAUUGCCCGCUAUCAGCUCCAGAAGAAACAAGUAGACAUCCAAUCAACCUAGAUCUCUAGCCAGCACAAUGGCUCGCGCCGGUGUGUUGAUGCUGGUCUUGGCGGCGGUGGCUGUUGUCGCUUUCGCGUCCGAUGCGGACCCGGUGGCUGACUUUGUACUCUCCGCAGCCAAUGGCCCCAUCACUGGCGGCAACUUUGCCUUCCGUGGUCUGAACAACGUCAACGUGACAUCCGGCCAGGGGAGCGGUGCCAAGUCUGCCAAUGCGGCGAGUUUCCCGGCUCUCACGUCCCAGGGUAUCUCGUACACCUACAUCAACUACGCACCUUGCGGCCAGAACCCCAUCCACACCCACCCCCGCGCCACGGAGCUCCUGUUCGUGAUCGAGGGCCAGCUGUACGUCGGCUUCGUUGACACCAACAACACCCUGUACUCGACCACUUUGAACGCGGGUGACGCGUUCGUCUUCCCCCGCGGUCUGAUCCACUUCCAGCAGAACACCAACUCGAACAGCGGAGCCAGGGCGCUAGCUGCGCUUAACAGCCAGAACCCAGGAACCCAGAGGGUCGGCAGCGCACUGUUCCUGCCCAGCGGGAUUCCCGGAACCAUUACCCAGGUCGCGUUCAACGCCCAGUCGGCCGCGAUCGAAGCCAUCAAGGCGAAGUUCCCAGCCUCCGGGAACCCUGUCGGCACUAGCGACACCGGGUGCGGUGAGGGCAUCACUUAUCAGUCCAACUAAAGGAUGACGUGACCUAGCUAACGGCAGGGUUAAGAUUUGUUGGUUGAACAUGGAUUCCGAGCGAGGUUUAGGGGCGCGAAAUGGGUUCGCUUGGUCGCCAGAUGAUUUGAAGUAGGCUGAUCUUAGAAGUCGCGUUGACCCCAGUAUGCUUGAGAGUCCAUAAUGAGUUACUUGCCAGAGUCUGUACUAGAGUCGUACCUAUGCCUUCAGUCUGCAGCUAGAACGCAAAGCAGGUUGGCUGCGCGCGAGUCGUAGAGGACGAGACAAUAACCCAUUUUUCCAAGAGAUAUUUCAGACGGAUUUACUCCAAUAAACACUCCACAUGUACUUUUCGAUAUUCUCUGAGGCUCCUCAAGGCUCCUCAAGGCUCC